CGGCACCAGACUACUAUGAUGCUGAUGGCGGCGGCCGCGGAGCGGAACAAGGAUCCCAUCCUGAGCGUGCUGCGGCAGUAUGUGGACUCGGCGCAGCGCGGCGUUCGCGUACUCGAGGUGGCCUCGGGCUCCGGCCAGCACGCGGCCCACUUCGCGCGGGCCUUCCCCUACGCCGAGUGGCAGCCGUCCGACGUGGAGCGCGGCUUGGACAGCAUUGCAGCCACCACUCAGGCCCAUGAGCUGCCCAACGUGAAAGCCCCUCUGUACCUGGACGUGACCUGGGAUUGGGAGCAGUGGGGCGGGAUCCUGCCGCAAUCCCUGGACCUGCUAUUCUGCAUCAACAUGAUCCACAUCAGCCCCCUGAGAUGCUCUGAGGGGCUUUUCAGAGCAUCAGGACACCUGCUCAAACCCAAGGCGCUGCUCAUCACCUAUGGGCCCUAUGCCAUCAAUGGGAAGAUUUCUCCUCAGAGUAACGUGGACUUUGACCUGACCCUCAGAUGCAGAAAUCCAGAGUGGGGGCUGCGGGACACAGCCCUUUUGGAAGACCUGGGCCAGGCUAGUGGCCUGCUCCUGGAGAGGAUGGUGGACAUGCCAGCCAACAAGUGCCUAAUUUUCCGGAAAGAGUAACCCCCUCCUCCAGUAUGCCUGUGUCCCUGGGAUAAACCCAGACUACCAGCACCUGCUUCCCUGGGCCACACUAUGGGGACUGGCUCUGCUCAGGCUAGGAGUUCUUGACCAGUGGCCACAAGGCUGCUGACAGCCUGGAAAUAAAGUGUUUCCUGCUGCCCCA